AUGCAGCAAGAGCAGCUGCAGCAACAGCAGCUGCAGAAGCAGCUGCUGCAACAGCAGCAACUGCAGCAGCAGCAGCUGCAACCACAGCAGCUCCAACACCUACAGCAGCAGCAGCUACGCCCUCAGGAGCUGCAGCAGCAACCCAUGCACAUGCUACCCCUGAAGACUGAUGCUGGGCCUUCGGCAGCAAUGGUGCACGCUCCUCAGCUGCAGCGCAUGCAGACACCGCAGCAGCAGCAAUUGCCGCAGCAGCAGCAAUUGCCGCAGCAGCACCUGCAGCAGCAGCCCCCGCUACAGCAGCUGCCGUCGCAAAAGCCUCAGCCUCAGCAGCUGCAAGCGCAACAACUGCAGCCGCAGCAGCUACAACAGCAGCAACUGCAGCAGCAACUGCAGCAACAACAACUGCAACAACAGCAACUGCAACAACAGCAGCUGCAGCAACAGCUUCAGCAGCAGCAGCAAGCUCGUGGUGGCGUACAGAGGAAUGUAGAGCCAAGGCACGUGUUGAUGCUGCUGCAGCGUAUGGCUGAGGCAGACCCAGCUCGCUUCAGGGGAGUGGAGCUGCCACAGACAGGCGGCCGCUCUUUAGCUGCUUUGCUGCAGUCGUUAGAGGAAAGGGGAAUUGUAAAAGUUCAAGACGCCUUAAAGAAUGCUUAUGAGCUAGCAAAGCAGCAGCAGCAGCAGCAACAGCAGCAGCAGCAGCAGCAGCAAGUGCCUAUACAGCAACAGCAACCGCAAUCGCAACAGCCAGGCAAGGCGCAUCAGCAGCAAACGCCCUUCGCGCCGCCGCAGCUCCAGCAGCAGCUCCAGCAGCUGCAACAGCAGCAGCAGCAACAGCAGCAACAACAGGAGACACUGCCGCAGCAGACACUGCCGCAGCAGACACUGCCGCAGCAGACACUGCCGCAGCAGACACUGCCGCAGCAGAAUGGCCCAUUAUUGGCAGCAGCAGCAAAGCAUGCAAGGGUUCCUGCUGCUGCAGAUUCAGCUGGGAAUGUUCCAACGCCUCCUCCAUUACUUCCUGACCCAGAGACACUGGCUAAGGUUGCGGCAUAUCCUCGAGAGCGGCAGGUGGAUUUAAUUGUUCGGCUGCUGCAGAAGCCGCGGGGGGCGCAGGUAGUGCAGCAGCUGCAGCUUGCGGGUCAUGUUGCUGCUGAUGUUUGUGCUGAGGCCAUGGCUAGCUGCAGCUGCACGGUUCAGCAACAGCAACAGCAACAGCAGCAGCAACAGCAGCAACAGCAGCUGCAACAGCAGCAGCAGCAACAGCUGCAACAACAACAGGAGCAGCUGCAGCAGCAACAGCAGCAGCUGCAGCUGCAGCAGCAGCAGUUGAGACAGCGGCGGAUGCAGCAGCAGCAGCAACCGCAGCAGCAGCAGCAGAUGCAUACGCAGUUCCAGCAGCAGCAGCGGGUGCAGCAGCAGGUGAGUCAUUCUGCUGCCGAUCUGCACGGCCCGCCUAUCAAGCGGCCCCGUGUCGGCGACAACAGCAACAGCAGCAGCAACAACAGCAACAACAACAACAGCAGCAACAACAACAAUAGCCACAACAACAAGGACAAGAACAGCAGCAACAACAACAACAAUAACAACAACAGCAGCAGCAACGAUAACAGCAGUAACAACAACAGCAGCAGCAGCAACAGCAACAACAACGACAGCAGCAGCAACGACAACAACAAUAACAACAACAACAGCAGCAGCAACAGCAACAACAACGACAGCAGCAGCAACAACAACAAUAACAACAACAACAGCAACAACAAUAACAACUACAACACCAACAACAACAGCAGCAACAACAUUAACAACAACAACAACAACAACAGCAACAACAACAACAACAGGAACAACAACAGCAACAACAACAAUAACGACAACGACAACAACAACAACAGCAACAACAACAACAACAACAACAACAACAACAACAUCAACAACAACAGCAACAACAACAACAACAACAAUAACAAUAACAAUAACAAUAACAAAAACAACAACAACAACAACAGCAACAACAACAACAACAGCAUCAGCAACAACAACAACAGCAGCAGCAGCAGUAGCAGCAGCGUCAGCAUCAGCAGCAACAGCAAUUACUUGAUUAGGGCAGACUAUGGCACAGAAGGAGAGAGACGCUUUUUUAGGCCGCAGUUGCUGCGGCAACGGCCUAGGUUUAUGAGCGUUAUGAGGAGACACUUGCCGUUGGCGGGAGAGCAGCAGCAGCACCAGCAGCAGCAGCAGCAAAGAAGGGGUUGGGCAUUUGUAUUAGACGCAGAUGCAUCACAGGUGGUGCAGCAGCAGCAGCAGCUCCGGCAGCGGCUGCAGCAAGAGCUGCAGCAGCAGUACAUCAUGCGGCCAGUAUCGGCUUCGGGAUCUUCUCUGGCUCAGCAGCAGCUGCAGCAGCUGCAGCAGCAGCAGCUGAUGCAAGAGGAAGAGGAGCAGCAGCAGCAGAACAUGCUGCAGCUGUACAUGCAGCGGAGGGUGCAGCAAAUAUUAAGACAAGCAGCAGCAAGACACGGCGUGUCUUUUGUUGCUGCUGACGAAGCAGCAAUUGUUUCUAGAUUGCUGCACGCAAUACAGCUCAGGCUAACGUUGCUGGCUCCUUGUUUGGAGGCCAUAUCUCAUUACCGCGUUGACCAGAUGUUUACACGUUUAAUGGGCAGCAACAGCAGCAACAGCAGCAGCAACAGCGACACAGCAGAUGCACAACUCUUAGGGACAUCCCCUAUUGGGGGAAUGGGAUGGGGUGAUGAAGCAGCAGCAGCAGCACCAGGAGCAGCAGCAGCAGGUCCGCCCCCAUUUGAGAAGCAGCAGCAGCAGCAAACGCUGCGGCUGAAGCCGCAGCUGUGCUUCUCAGUGUUGGCAGAACUCUUUUUACGCCGGGAGAACGACCAACAGGUGGCUGAGAGGCUUCAUCGUCUUAAUGAAGGCCGCCGCCGCGUUAAACAUCGCCUAAAGUCGCGAGGAGCUGGGGGGGGCCUGCAAGCAUCGAAGGAGGAGGCGGAGGCUGCUGCGAGCAUGGGGUCGGCUGUAGCAGCUGCUGCUGCAGCAACAGAUUCCGCUGCUGCAAGAGGCAGCAGGGGAGGUGCAGGGUUUCAUGAGGACCCGCAGCAACAGCAACAGCCAGAAGAAGUAGCUAUGGAGAAGGCCCAAGAAUUUGCGGAGGUCGCUCACAGCCAGCGGCUGCUGCUGCUGAGGCUCACCGCCUUAGAUUUGAGGGCUUUGCUGCAGAUAGCAUCGGCAGAGUCUAUAGUUCCUCUUUCGUUCAGGAAUCGUUUGCUGCAGUUUUUGGAGCUGCUGCAUUUCGACCUGCAGGCGGAGCCCCCGCGCCUUCCUCCUGCUGCUGUGAGGCUGGCUGCUGCACCUGCGUCAGCGCUGGUGCAGCAGCAGCAGCAGCAGCAGCAGCCUAGCCAGUACCAGCUGCAGCACCAUCACUUGCACCAGCCGCACAACGCGGCUGCUGCUGCAAUGAGCAGGUCGCACAUGCUGGCGCAUGGAGUAAACGCUGGUGCAAGCGGUGCUGGUGGUGGCGGUGGUGGGCUAAUAACCACAGCAGCAGCAGCAAAUCUUGCUGCAGCAGCUGCUGCUCAGGCAGCUGGAGACAGUUCGAACCGUGGUCAUGAGGCAGGUGCUGGUGCUGUUGCAGGUGGCGCUGCAGCAGGAGCACCGGCAACAGCAGGAGCGGCGUCAGCAGCAUCAGCAGCAGCAGCAGCAGCAGCUGGUGCUUCUCAGGCGACACCUGGUGCUGCUUCAGGGGGGUCUCAAGCUGCUGAUAACAGAAGACGAGGUGGGGGGGUUGCAACAAAGAACAGAAAUAGAAAGAAAGCUGCUGCUGCUGCUGCUGUUGCUGCAAUUGUGUUGGAAGCGGAGGACAAGAAGCGUGCUGCCCUGCUACAGCAGCAGCAACAAAUGUACAUACAGCAGCACGGAGUGGCGGCGCCGUUUCACGAGCAGCUAUGUGGGCAGCCGGGGAACUCGCAGACACAGGAGCAGCUGCUGCAGCAGCAGCAACAACAACAGGAACAGCUGUUUCAGCUGCAGCAACACUUGCUUAGGGGCUCUAGCGCCAGUGUGCAUGCACUGCAGCAGCACCAGCUGCAGCAGCAGCGAACGGCAGAGGAGGUGCAGCGUCAUCGAGCUGCUGCAGCGGCAGCUGCUGCAGCCUCAGCUGCCAGUGCUGCUGCUGCUGCUGCUGCAGGGCUGCAGACCCCGGGGCAUCCGCAACCGCAUCACCAGCAGCAGCAGCAAAUGCCAGGGGCACCAGCACCAGCAGCAGCAGACAAACGGCAGCAAGCCGUUUUGCCUCGAUUUGGUGAUUCUCUUGCUACUGCAGGACGCUCAUCGGAGCUGCUUAUUCCCGAGGUAGAGGAGGAGGACUUCUUGUGA